CGCGCGAAAGUAACAUGGUUGCCUCCUUAAUCAGCUGGUGUCCACAAUAUCGGGCAAUGUAAUAUAAUUACACUACAUAACGACGAACGAAAUUCACCUUUAGGUUAAAUCGAUGAAACGGAGAAUAAAAUGUAUCUGAAAAUGUAUCAAAAAAUAUUGAAUUGCUGUACAAGGCAGAUACAUACUAAUGUGUCUCGAACAUUACUUAAUCAAUAUUACAAUGCUACCCACAAGAAAAGGUUACGUUCUUCGCGUUAUUACUGGAGCGGUUUCGGUGUUUUAGUACUCGGAAUGACUUAUGCUUCAGUGCCUUUAUAUAGAGUAUUUUGCCAGGCGUAUAAUUAUGGUGGGACACUAUCGGUCACUUACGAUAGUAACAAAGUGCGUUCGAUGAUUCCCGUUAAAGAGAGAGAAAUAAAAGUCAAAUUUAACGCCGAUACUGGAGCAAUGAUGCAAUGGAAUUUCAAACCUCAACAAAAUUGUAUAAAAGUACUACCUGGAGAGACUGCUUUAGCAUUUUUCACCGCGAAAAACCCAUUGGAUAAACCAAUUACUGGUGUAUCAACUUAUAAUGUGGUUCCAUAUGAAGCAGCACAAUAUUUCCAUAAAAUUCAAUGCUUUUGUUUCGAGGAACAACAACUUAAUCCACACGAAGAAGUUGACUUGCCAGUGUUUUUUUACAUCGAUCCAGCUAUUGUUGAUGACCCUAAAAUGGAAGAUCUAGAUGAAAUUAUACUUUCUUACACAUUCUUUGAAGCUAAAGGGGGCAUAAAGAUUCCUUUACCAAGUUUUUUGAAAAGAGAGUGAAUAUUGUAAUGUAUUUAUGUUAAUGUUUUAAGAAUAGAUAGAAAUAU